GAGAUAGAGGGAGGUAGAGAUAGAACAGAGAUGAGGUGAACAACAUCCUGCCAAUACAGAUGAUUCCUCUCUUCUGCUGUAAUUCACGGCCUCAGCAGCAGCUCGACCCUCUCUCUCUGUCUGUUUCUCUCUCUCUCUCUCUCUCUCUCUCUCUCUCUCUCUCACUUCCACGCGCCCAGCCGUCAGUUGCCGCAUGCGUCCGUCCUCGCGCCGCCGGGUGGCCGCCUGGCUGCUCGCUCUACCGUCAGGGAGAGGAGAGGAAUGCGCGCGCCGCGGCCGCCUGGAGAUGAUCUCGUUCUGGCUGCUCUGCUGGAAGCUGCUGAGAGCUACAGCGGGACUAAGGAGGACAACCCCUGAGCUAACAGACGGUAGCCACGGCAACGGUAGCCACGACAACGGUAGCCCCGGCAACAACAUCCCUGUCAGCGACUCUCCCACUCCUGCACCGCCGGUGGAUUCGGUUACCAUGGAGAUCAGCCCCUCACCUCCGCUAACAGACCUGGAAAGAGACAACCUGUUUAGCAGCCGCAGUCUGGAAGAAGAGGAACUCCAUUACCCAGAGGGCCGUGGGGCGGAAGAACAGGCUGCAGGGGAGGAAAACGGAAAGGGAAACGAGUGUGACUAUCUGGUCUUUGAGAUGGGAGAGAAGGGAAGAGAGAGAGGGGGUGAGAAUGGAGGAGGAGAGACAGGAGGAUAUGGAGGGAGAGGGGAGACGGAGGGUGAGGACGAAGGGAGAGGAGAAGUAGAGGGAGAAGAAGAAGGGAGAGGAGAAACAGAAGGAGAAGUUGAAGGGAGUGGAGAGAUAGAAGAUGAGGAAAGGGGGAAAGUAGAUGGAGAAGAUGGAAACAAGGGAGAAACAGACAUCUGGAGGAGAAGGGAAGUAGACGGAGAAGAUGAGGGGAGGAAGACGACAGAGGGAGAGGAUGGAGGGAGUGAGGAAACAGAAGAUGGAGAAAGAGGAGGCGUGAAGGAAGAGGAUGGAUGGAUGGGAGAGAUGAAGGACGACACUCUCUCAGACCUCCUCUUCAUCACUGACAGCUCAUCAGCCGAGCCGCCGGAUCCCUCGCAGGCCUGGAGCUAUGACCUCGGCAACAGGGAUGACCUUAGCGACGGUCACCUUAGCGACGGUCACCUUAGCGACGGUCACCUUAGCGACUGCCUCCAAGCUGAGCUGGCCAUCGUGUAUUCGGACAGCGACGCAGGUGAGGACCAAUGGGCGGCCUUCGCUCCCAGUGAUGUCACCAGCCAGGUGGAAGGAGAGCUUCCUGAUAGUUUAGAGAACAAGGAGGUGAGAGGAGACGACAAGCAGGAAAGAGAAACCAGGAGAGAGGAGCAGAGAGAGCAGGAGAGGAAGGAUGAUGAGGAGCAGAUGAGGACCAGGAGGGAUCUCUUCCUGAGAUCUCCAUCAGUCAGUUCCACAGCAAGCUCCCUCGACCCGGACAGGAGGGUUCCUGCAGAUUUCAGCGUUCACCAGGACACCCUCAGCGAACACGUCUCCACCGAGCAUGUGGACUUCCUGUUGGCCCGCCAGCAGUGGAGGAAGAUGGAAGAGGAGGUGAAAGGUCGGCCCAUCCCCAAACCGGGACUGAGAGCUCAGGGGAGCUUCCAGGGAACCCACACCUCCCUGUAUCCCCCGACUCGAAGCCCCCGACUCAAACACAGGGAAGUUCAACCCCCUGUGUCCAGGGAGCCUCCUCUGUCCUCCACCAUGUCUCCCAGUUCGGAGGACUCGGGCCUGGAUGACUUGUCGUACCGCAGCCCGCUGGAGGAACCGGAGACUGCAGUGGAGAGAGAGAUCCGAAUGACUCUGGAGAGAGAAGAACGACACCGUAGAGAGAGAGGGAUGAUCGCUCAGGGCCUGAGUAUACCCAGACCAUCCACCCUGCAGACAGGAAGAUCUCCUCCCAGACCUCCGGCCUGCCGAACCCCGACUCUGUCCAUCUCCCCGUCUCCAUCUUGCUCCUCCUUCCUGCCCAGGUCUGUCUAUCAUGAAAUGAUGGCCAACAACGUCAUCAUCCUGGAGCCCGACUCCUCCGGCUCCUCCUCCAGGAGCCGCCUGCUGUCCACGGCCAUCGGCGGCCUCUCUGAUUGGCCGGCCAGCCAGGAUGCGGUGCCAUCCGCCAACGUCAUCGUCGUGGAAACCUCCAACCUGAUCAUUCGCAGCGCCUCUGAGUUCUGCCUGAGCUCCGCCCCCAUGUCCGUGGAGACGCAGGAGAGCACCUUCACCUCCAACCCGUUCUUCAAGCUGCGCUCCCUCAGCAGCCAGUCGCUGGUGGAGCAGGAGAUCCGGAUGGUGAGGCAGAGGGAGGAGGAGUGGAGGAAGCAGAGGGAGGAGAUGUGGAGGAGGAGGAGAGAGGAGGAGUGGAGGAGAGGGAGGGAGAGGUACGACACAGUGCUGGUGUCUCCAGGACUCAACGAGAACAUCAGCUUCAACGCGCCAGAGGUUCUAGACAGAAGUGUUUCGUCCCCGUCGUCCCCCUCCAGGACCCGCAAAAUGGAACGAUCUAGUUUAUCAUGUGACCACAAGUUGGAUUGAUUAGACCCCUAAUCUGUUAGUUCACAAUUAUGCAAAUAUGUUCAUUAUUUCACUCAUUUUUUCAUCUCCCAUCACAUCUGUCCACUCAUUCCUCCAACUAUUCCAUCUUUCCUUCUGUCCAUUAAUCUGAUUCUCCAUGAAACUGUCCAUCCAUCUGUGUGUUUGCUCCAGUGGUUUAGCUGAAUCUCCCCAUUCCCUCCAGUUCCCUCCUUCCCUCUCCCCGGUGCCUCGACGACAGAACGCCAUGGCUCAGCGAUGGGAGGCCUCCCUGUUAGCCAAUCAGAAGAAGGAGUGAUUGUGCUCGAAUGUCCACCGAUUUAACAGCCAAAACCCGAAACUCGUUUCUUCCUUCUUCCGUCCAGAGAACUCAAACGCUCCCAUCUAUCAGCAGCCAAUGUUCAUGGAAAUGUCUGUCAACGGGUUUGAACCCAAAAUACGCCACAAGUCUGUUUUCUGCUAGAUGGAAGAGAAAAUGAAGCAAAGUAACAGUAAUUCACUUUGUUUGGGUUUCUGUGAUGUUUCAGGGGUUGGAAAAGCUGACAAGUCUUGCUUUUCAAAGUCAAACCGGUCUUUUGCAUGAUGUCUGAAACAGUACGACACACUGGAACUGCCUGUAAUCUCACAUUUUCCUUUCAUAAAUUAAUGUUUGUGGACUCGA